AUGGAACAUUUCAAAAAGUAUUCCCGAGCAUCCAAAGAAAAUCCUGUUUUACUUAUAUUCGACAAUCAUGAAAGCCUUAUAAGCAUAGAUGUAGUCAACUUUGCCAAAGAGAAUGGUAUAACAAUAGUAACGAUCCCUCCGCAUUGCAGCGGUAAGCUGCAACCGUUAGAUGUUGCUGUUUAUUCUUCAUUUAAGUCACGUUAUAACAGAGUUUUGAAUAACUGGAUGCUAUCAAAUCCAGGGAAAACGGUGACGAUAUAUAAUAUACCGGAGCUUAUAAAGACAUUGAUGUCAGACGCCUUUAGUCAGGCGAACAUCCUUAGUGGGUUUAGAAAGAGCGGCAUUCAUCCUUUUAAUCCUGAUAUUUUCACUGAGGAAGAAUUCAUGUGCUCUGCAGUCACUGACAGAAGUUUCUUGGGCGAUGACGAUAUUCUUUCUGCUCAUUCGACUCUUCAAGACCAUUCGGCUCGACUGACUUUUUCUAAUAGUAUAGAAAACCCGUCAUCUUCCUUUGACAAUCCCUCUAUGCGUUGUGAUCAAAAUGGUGCUCACUUAGAUAAGGUUCCACUUGUAGCUCCGGCAGCAAUAAGGCCUUACCCAAAAGCUUCGCCCAGGAAGAAAACACGGGCAUGGUCGUCAGCCAGGAAAAACAAAAAUCUUAACCGAAACUCCUGA